AUGAGCAAGUUGGCCAUAUUGUUUGCUGCUCUGAUUCAUUUGGCACCUGUUGUUUGGAGCACGAAUUUCACAAGUUGCGUGGUUUACACGCUAACCAACGUCUCCGUUGCAGGAUCUCAGAUUGGCUCGUUGGUUGAUGUGUCCAUAAAACCGUGCAACUUUGAGCCGUGCCUGCUGUAUACGGAAACCACUGUAGACUUAAAUAUUCAGUUUACGGCAAACAAAAUAAUCCAACGUGGUCAGGCGGCUAUCAACGCGACGUUUUAUGGAUACUCGUUUACGUUGGGACUUUACAAUGACAGUCUGUGUGCCUACACUCAGCCUGGAUGCCCUAUCCAAGCGGACGGAACCGUUUACACUUACACGUAUGCGGUUUAUAUUUCACCAAGCUUCAUCCCGGUAAGCCUCGGCAUUAUAUAG